GGUACAUGGGUUCUUUAUCUGAGCUUCUAGCCAAAGAAGGAUUCACAUCCAAUCACAAAAAACUCAAAUUCAAUAGAACAGUUGCAGGUCAUGAUCAUGACUCCAUUACUUUGCCUAUUUACAUCUGCCGUGACCGUAAAAGCAUCGAUGCUCCAAAGAACAAGAAGAGUUCAUCGGUUGUUUCAUCCAAAGGAAGACGUUCCUCGCUUUCCAGGAGAUCAGAUGAACCCGCCAUUGAUGAAGUUGCUACCAAAGCUGUCAUCUCGAUUUUAAGUGGGUAUGCUGGUAAGUACUUGCGAGAUAAGGAUUUUCGCGAUUCCUUGAGGGAGAAGUGUUGUUCAUGCUUGGUGAGACGAAGCAAUGGAGUAUCGGAUAAUGGGGUUUUUGCAAAUAUGGAAUUGGGGAUCGAAAGUAUCGAGAAAUUGAUUGAUAGUCCAGGGACGAUGAAGGAAUUGAAGAUGAAAUCGUUGCGGAAUUCAAUUGGGUUUUUGACGAUCGUUGCAGAAUUGAAUUCACGAGAAUCGAAGAAUGGUACCACAUCUGGAACUCCCAAUUCGCAUCUAUCAGCUUGUGCUCAGCUUUACUUAUCGAUCGUUUACAAGCUCGAGAAGAACGAUAGAAUCUGUGCUCGCCAUGUCCUCCAAGUGUUUGUUGAUUCGCCUCAAUUAGCUCGAACCCAUUUGUUACCGGAUCUUUGGGACCAUUUCUUUCUUCCCCAUCUCCUCCAUCUCAAAAUUUGGUACAACAAACAAAUCGAAAAAAUUUCAGAUAACUCAAAGGAUCAAGAAGAACAGAUUAAACGUUUCAGCAAGGUUUAUGAAGAUCAUAUGGAUAUGGGUACAGUUCAAUUUGCUAUGUACUACAAAGAAUGGCUUAAAACUGGUGGUCAACCUCCUUCUACUCUUCCUUCUGUUCCUUUGCCUUCAAUUAAAUCACGAAGAAGAAGUAGUUCAUCUGUUUCGUUAACAUCGCGGUCAUCAAUCAAUAACUUUUUACACGGAGCUGUUUUUGGAGUUCCUGUUGAGAAACAGCCAUCAAUGGAGCUCGAUAAUCGAGCGAUAGAACAAAAGGAAGAUGAAGAAGAAGAAGAAUUGUUUUGUUUAGAUGAUCAUAAUACCAACCAGCAAAGAAAUCUUGAAAAUAGACUCACCAAUCUUCGAAAAUUUUCGAACUUAAAUUCAACCAAGUCCGAUUACACAUGGUUUCUUCCAUGUCAAAGCUUACAACCCAAACCCCCAUCGAUGAAAUCCUGUUUGAUCAUGCCUCCAUCAGAGCUAACCAGAGCCAUUUCCACCAUCAGCACCUCCGAAAACUUAACCGAAUGUGAAACAGCGGUUCGUAUCAUGACCAAAGCUUGGCUCAAUGAUCCAUUGGUCGAAAAAACAUUAUCCAAACCUUCAGUAAUCGAAGGACUGCUAGAAGUAUUGUUUGCUGCUAUCAAUGAAGAAAUCCAAGAACUCGUUAUCUCACUCUUAACUGAAUUCGUUACAAGAAACGAAGCAAAUGGCAAGAUCAUUCUGAGCUUAGAUCCGCAGCUCGAGGGCUUCACGACACUUAUGAGAAACAGCAGUUUGUUCUUGAAAGCAGCAUCUUUGCUCCAUUUGGUGAAACCGGAGGCCAAACAGAUGAUGUCAACAGAAUGGAUCCCGUUAGUGCUACGAGUUCUUGAAUUCGGUGAUCAAACACAAACUUUAUUUAGCGUUCGUUGCAGUCCUCAAAUCGCGGCAUAUUACUUUUUGGACCAACUUCUUACUGGGUUUGAUGAAGAUAGGAAUUUGGAGAAUGGGAGACAAGUGAUUUCACUUGGAGGGUUGAGUUUGCUGUUGAGAAGAAUGGUGAUUGGGGAUACUGUAGAAAAGACCAAAGCUGCAUCUGUUAUUUACUUGUGUAUUCAAGCCGAUGGGCGUUGUCGCCAUUACUUGGCGGAUAAUUUGAAUCCUGAGCUCAUUCUUUCACUCCUGGUCGAUGCCAGAGAGCUCGAUUCCGAUGAGAUCACGGUCGCUUUGCUGGUCGAGUUAUUCUGCCUCAACAGAUUGGAACAAAGAACCAAACUUUUCGACAAAUUAUCGAAAGGAUGGGAUUGCUUGAACACUCUGCAAAUCUUGUUAAUUUCUUUACAACGAGCCACACGAGAAAAACGCCCUUUGGUUGCAUCGAUAAUGUUUCAGCUUGAUCUUAUGGGAGAUCCUCUGAAAAGUAGCGUUUAUAGAGAAGAAUCGAUCGAAGCAAUAACGGAAGCCUUGGAUAGUCAAAUAUGUAAUGAAAAUGUCCAAAAAGAAGCAGCAAAAGCCUUGUUGAUAUUAGGAGGAAGGUAUGGUUACACAGGUACACCAGAAAUAGAGAAAUGGAUCUUGAAAGAAGCUGGCUAUGAUGAAAGCUUGGAGGGUGGCUUCCAUGGCAGAUACCAUGUUGCCAAAGGAUCCAAACACUUGAAUGAAGAGGAUGAGAUAGAGCACUGGCAAAGGAAAGCUGCAAUGGGGCUAUGGAUCAGUGGGGGCGAAAAACUUAUAGCGGCACUUGGCGAGUCGAUCGCUAACGGAAUCCCGUGUUUGGCACGAUCCAGCCUUGUGACAGUUGCAUGGAUGAGCAAAUUUGUACACACGGUUGGCGAUGGAGAUGUCCUAUGGAGCACCACAUUGUUAACGAUGGUUCGGCAGUUGAUAGAGUCCUUGAAUCGGACCAGCACGAUUGAAGAAAGAGUUCUUGCUUCAUUUUCAUUGCUAGCUCUUUCCAAGAGUUCAGGUUCGAUGUUCGAGCUCUCAGACGACGAAAAGAAAGCGAUGGUGGUUCAGCUUCGACACAUAUCAAAGGUGACAUGGACUGCAAAGAAACUAACUUCCAUCAUAGUAGGAAGUCCAACAACAAGAUAUUCAGGCCUUUAACAAAGGCUUGUUGGUUCAACCACCACCACUGAUUGCCGCCGCACCACCACGACGUCCAGUUGCUGUCGCUGCCCCACAACCGCCACCACCAUAACCUCAGUGUUACCCGGGAAAAAUACAUGAAGUUGGUUAGCAUAUGUGAGUGUACAAAAUGCUGUUUCCUCCAUUUCUAUCUCUUGUGGGAAAGAAAUAGUAUUGUUUAUAUAUCUAGUACUCCUGAAAAGCAACUAGAUGCAUACACCUUUCACAAUGUUAUUGGAAAUUAAAGGUUGUUUGGGAUAUAUAUAUAUAUAUUAUAUGUCCAAACAUUCUGUUGUUCCUAUUUAGCACUCUUUUUUUGACUAUU